AUGUAUAAUUUAUAUCGAGCAUGGUUUGGUGAUAAAAGUUAUCCACAUCUCGAACCUUUUUCACCCCCUGAUACUAUCAUCAGAGUCGGCAACGAAGGUGAGCAUCAUUUUGUGGCCCACCGAGUUGUCUUGGCCACUCAUAGCGGUUAUCUUAAGGCUUUGCUUUCUGCUACGAAUACAAUUUCUAUGGCUCCAGAAUCUUAUCGUGACGGUGUAUCGAGUGUCACAUCCCUCUCCGUUCCAUCAGUUGGCGGAGAAACGUUUGCUCCAUUGCUCAACUAUAUGUACACGGGACGUCUAGAAGUUACCCUAGAUAACAUUUACAGUGUUCUAUUAGCAACGCAUUUACUUCACAUGCCAGGUGCUCUCGAGAAGUGUCGCGCUGCUCUUCUAAGACUUCGGGGACCACGAGUUGGAGCUUCUAUCGUGAGGCCAGUACCAAAUAGAAUUAUCGCUUCACCUUUGUCUUGGCCUCAGAACGAUAUCUAUUCUUCCACAUUCAUUGGAUUUUCCCGCUUAUCAAACCUGCAUCGCUUUCGAAGUCAUAUUCCAGUUACACCUAGUCCAAGUCAAGCUCUUGAAUUCGGAACUAGCAUAAAUCUUUACAAGUAAGUGGUGGUAAAAAAUUUCAAUGGUAAAAGUGAGGGUACGAAUAUUGUAAUAUAAAAACUUAAUUGCAUGUAAAUAUUCAUAGUGAACACUAUGAUUCUGAAUAAUUAGUAUGGUAUCUUACCAUUGGCCCUCUCGAGAUGUUAUUUUUGUGGUCUUCGACAGUCUUUGAACCGUCUUUUUCAACAUAUAUAACCAUUGUUGCUCUGCAAAUGAUCGAACACGCUUUCAAUGGUCUUUACAUAUUGCACAUUCGAUGAACCCUUUAAAUGUCUGUUGUCUCGCUCAAAAUUUUGAGUUUUUUUUGUGUAUUUAGAUGGUUGUAUAUGC